AUGAGGAAGCUCAAAUUCCACGAGAAGAAGCUUCUGAAGAAAGUAAAUUUCUUAGAAUGGAAGAGGGAACAUGGGCAUCGCGAAACCCUGAUUACGCACCGAUACCACGUCGGAUCCCGUGACGAUUACAAAAAGUAUUCGGGAUUGUGUAGGAUGGUGCAGAAACUGACGCAUGUAAUGAAGCAGAUGGAUCCAGCGGAUCCUUUUCGUAUUCAUAUGACUGAUAUGCUUUUGGAGAAGCUGUACAACAUGGGCGUUAUACCGACGAGGAAAAGCUUGGCUUUAACUGAUCGGUUAUCAGUUUCGUCUUUCUGUAGGCGUAGGCUAUCGACUGUGCUGGUUCAUCUGAAGUAUGCAGAGCGCUUGACAGAAGCUGUGACAUAUAUAGAGCAAGGACACAUUCGUGUAGGACCAGAGACGGUUACUGAUCCAGCUUUCUUGGUAACUCGGAACAUGGAAGAUUUCAUCACUUGGGUUGAUUCUUCCAAGAUUAAAAGGAAGGUGCUCGAGUACAAUGAUAACUUGGAUGACUAUGACAUGAUUGCUUAA